GCUCUUCCUCCUCCUCCUCUCUCUCUCUCUCUCUCUCUCUCUAUCCCCUCAGCUCCAAACUCUAAGAGGUCUCACAAUCCAAAUUCGAAUCUCCACUAAUCGACCAUCAGAUCUUAAACCCUACCCUAAAUCACUCAAAUUCAUUUUUUCCCCUCGAGAAUCAAAGGAAUCUGUAAUCACCAUUUUCUGAAAUUCCCCUCAGAUUCACCUCUUAGAGGGUCUCCGUCUUCGCUCGUCUCGAGGAAUUGAUUUGACUUAGCAAUGGAUGUCUCUCGAGGGUUUUCGUUAAUUACCAGAUCCGACCUAAAGAUCGUAGGCAAUGAAUUGGAUGAAAAGCCCAACGAAAGACAGAGUUUUGUUAAGACAGUUGUUGAUUCCGACAAGGGAGCUUUGGUUAAGAGAACUGAAGUGAGAAGUGGACUCUCUGUUUCCAGAAGCGAGAAGUCUUGUUCCACUGAUGUUAAUUCAGAGUGUGCGAGUUCCAGUAACGAUCCGAUGAAGCUGUGGGAAGCGAUGAAACAAAACGGGUUUCUAUCUAACCCUCACGGCGGGGUUUCAGCGUCGUCUUCUCACGGAGGGAUACCUGCUCCUCCAAGGAAACGCUGUCGGAGAAGCAAGAGUAAUGAUGCUACUGAUAUGGUUAAGAAGAGGAAGGUUGAGGUUGCGAGGAAGGAAGAAGCUGAGAGGUUUGCUAGGUUAGCUGCUCCUAGUGGGCUGCUCAAUGAGCUCAACCCUGGGAUUAUAAACCAUGUGAGGAACAAAAGGCAAGUGCUCUCCAUCAUCCAAAGCAUUGUCAAGUCUGAUAAAGACUCAAUGAGGCAUCAUAGUAAGAACUUGGAAGACAGCUACUCUAUGCACUACCACGAGGAGAAAUGUGUAAGUGAAGAUAACGAUACUAAAUCAGGUAAGUACUCGGAAAAUGCUAGUUCAUUGUCGAGCGAGGAGGCAGAAGGUUUGAAUCAUGCUAGUGUUCUCACUGUCAAAGCGGCUACAGUAGCGUCUCAAUGGUUGGAACUGCUUCAUCAGGACAUCAAAUGCCGUGUUUCAGCUCUUCGCCGUAGCAAGAAGAGGGUCCGAGCAGUUGUGACGACAGAGCUACCUUUCUUAAUAAUGAAAGAGUUCCCAGCUGAUCAAGAGAAUGACCCAAAUCUACUCAUCAAUCGAGCUUCGAGGUCUUCAACGGUGGAUAACCACAAGAACAGAUGGAUGGCGCUGUUUAACCAGCUGGAACAAACACUAUCAGAAGAAGAGAAACAAUUGGAAAACUGGUUAAACCAAGUGAGAGAGCUGCAAUCACAUUGUGACAGAGGUCUGCAAAACCUGAGCUUGAGUUCUGGUCAGAACUUCUUACAGUUAGGGAUGCCGUUGCACUCUAGAGCUGGGGAUGCACUUCUCUCAGAUAAGGAUUUUGUCGUUAGAGCAGCCGCAGCUUCCAUUUACUCGACCUGUAACUUUCUAGCAUCAAAGGAGAAUAUAGCCUUUACCUGAAUUCCUUUGAGCUUCUGACCAGUUUCUGAUUUAAGCUUUUUAGUUGACAACUUUAGUUUAAGCUUUCAUGGCAGAGCUUUUUCUUUCUAUGUCCAUCUGUAACACUAGUAGCAUUGCUCAUCAGCCUUGUCUUUUUCUACUUUUAUAGAUUUAUUUUCUCUGAGUUAGUUAACACCUGAAAGUUAUAAACAUCUCGUCUGAUUAGUAAACUAUUAUUAAUAGUUAUUGUAUCAUGA